ACCUGGAAAGCAAAGAACAAGAAUUAGAGCAGCUGAGAUUGGACUGUGAACACUUCAAAGCCCGGCUAGAGACUGCACAGGCAGACAGGAGGGAGAAGAAGGAGAAGUUGGCCCUUCGACAGCAGCUGAAUGAGGCGAAACAGCAGCUCCUCCAGCAGGCAGAGUACUGCACACAAAUGGGAGCAGUUACCUGUACCCUUCUCUGGGGAGUCUCUAGCAGUGAGGAAGUCGUCAAAGCCAUUCUGGGAGGAGACAAAGCAUUGAAGUUUUUCAACAUCACUGGUCAGACGAUGGAGAGUUUUGUGAAGUCAUUGGAUGGGGACGUUAGGGAGGUUGAUUCUGAUGAAAAUCAGUUUGUAUUUGCACUGGCUGGAAUUGUAACAA